CCGGGUUACCCAUUUAGCUGCCUCGCCUGAGGAUUCUGUCCCAAUUCAAGAACCCUAUAUUUCUCCCAAAACCCAGAAAGAGUACAGAGAGAUCCAUCCGCUGCUGAAGCAAAAUACCCAGAAACAUGUAUUACAGAGGAAACUACAUGGACAGUGGCGAUACCCGUGAAAUGGGCUUCAAAAGGCAACGCAUAAUGGAUCAAGGUUCCUCCUAUUAUGCUACUCCUCCAGGGUCAAGUUAUAUGUACAAUCCUCCUCCUCCACCACCUCCCCCAUCAUACUCUUACCAUGGCCAGCCUCCACCAUUCCCUGUUGUUCGGCUCCGUGGCCUCCCCUUUGAUUGCUCAGAGACUGAGAUUGCUGAUUUCUUGCAUGGUUUGGAUGUAAUUGAUGUGCUUCUUGUCCACAAAGGUGGAAGAUUUACUGGGGAAGCAUACUGUGUUUUGGGGUACCCUCUUCAAGUUGAUUUUGCUCUUCAGAGAAACAGGCAGAAUAUUGGAAGAAGAUAUGUUGAGGUUUUCAGAAGCAAGAAGGAGGAAUACUAUAAGGCUAUAGCCAAUGAAGUUUUUGAUUCUCGUGGUGGUUCAGUUCCGAGGGCUAGAUCUUCUGAUGAAAGCAAAGACCUAGCUGAACACACUGGCGUAUUAUGGUUGAGGGGAUUGCCAUUCUCAGCUAGCAAGGAAGAUAUUAUUGAUUUCUUUAAAGAUUUUGAACUUCCAGAAAAAUCAAUCCAUAUAACAGCUACUUUUGAGGGUAGACCUACGGGGGAAGCAUUUGUUGAAUUUGCUAAUGCAGAUGAUUCAAGAGCUGCAAUGGCGAAGGAUAGGAUGACAAUAGGGAAUCGCUACAUAGAGCUUUUCGCUUCAUCGUCUGAGGAGUUGGAGGAAGCAGUUUCAAGGGGCAGGGUACUGGAGAAACCAGUGGAUGGUAGAGACCCGAAUGAAGUCACGUCUGUUUUGCGGAUGAGGGGUUUGCCAUUUUCUGCUGGCAAGGAUGAUAUCAUGGAUUUCUUCAAAGAUUUUGUGUUGACUGAGGAUGCAAUUCAUGUCACAUUUCUUUCUGAUGGAAGGCCAACUGGAGAAGCUUUUGUAGAGUUUGUAAGCACCGACGAUGCAAAAGCAGCCCUGGCAAAGGAUAGGAUGACACUUGGAAGUCGUUACGUUGAGCUUUUCCCAUCUUCAAUCGAGGAUAUGAAUCACGCUGUAUCAAGGGGGCGGUGAUAAACUUUUUUUUCUUAGUUAAUAAUCGUAAUGUUGUAACUUGGGGAUUUGGUGGUAGUUUUCUGCGAAGACGACAAUAUUUAUUUUUCACUAGAGAAGAUAGAAAGGACUUUAGGGAACUUCUGCAGUCUAUCAUCUGUUUGCUCUUAGUUUCAUGAGUUUAUGGUGUUACUAUUUCUGUGAAAAGUACUCAUUAAACCUUUAACAAGAAUAUGUUGCUGCUUGAUACUCAUUAAA